ACCACGACCGGCAACUGGAGUGUGACUUAUAUUAUCGUCGCAUUAAGAACCAACAACUUCGUAUUUUCGCUGUGGAUAUUCGUCUGAACCAUUUUUACUAGCAGAUCAAAUACAUUUGCAGUCUAGGAACCUAUUCUUUACAGGACGAGGUUAAGUUUUAUUUUUGUUUCUAAGGUAAAAUGGCUGACAGUAGCAACCGGACCAUGAGGAGCAGGGCCCCCUCAUGAUCCAUCAGAACAGAACAAACCCGGAGAGCUGUCAGUCUUUCUGCUCGGACUGCUGCGUCCCGUGGAACUUAGAAAAACUGCAAAAUAGGUUUGCAUAGCAAAUCGGCUAACGAGAGAUAGAAGAUACCAUUUGAAUCCACUCUUUCGCCGGUCGCCGGCUUUCUAAUUUAGUUCGUACAUUACACAGUUGCAUCUAAAUGUAUUCGUGCACAAAAGAAUUUUCGCAAAGUUUUUCUGUACGACUAGAUGCCGUCGCUGCAUAUGCUGUUUAUAAUCCGAGUCUUAAUAAGCGGGGAAAGUGCACAGCAUCCAUUUUGUGGCAGCACUCAGUUGAGGCUCCCUCUCUGUGAAACUUGUGUGUUGGUAACUCUGUAAUAGUUUUAUAUAUUUAAUGUCGUAUGGCAGACCGUGACGAAGUGCGGGGAGAUCGCGGGCUCUCAUGUGAAUGAAUAUGGAUUAGUGCGGGGUGAAUUUCAAUAUUUCGACGAGUUUUGGAGCGCUUUGGCGCUUAUUUCCUGUUUGGUUUACGGGGUCAGACCUCCUCUUCCUCUGUCCUCUGCCAUCAGAAAAAAGGAGCUCAGAGACAAUGAAUUGACCCCAGUUUGUCAGAUCUAUUACUGACGACUGAGAACAGCUUGUCUUCCCUCCAGAGACAACGUUGCCUCCUUCCUCCGCGGGACUUUGUAUCAUGGCAAAGGAUGGUGGUCUGAUUGAAGCCAAUGGAGAGUUGAAAGUUUUUAUUGACCAGAAUUUGAGCCCUAGCAAAGGAGUUUUGUCACUGGUGACUGUCCAUCCGUCGCCUGUAACAGUGGGGAAACAGCUGUUGCCAAAAACUCUGGGCCCUUCCAAUGUCAACAUUGCCCCACACAUGGUUAUUGGGACUCCUCAGAGGCCCAGUGGCUCUGGGGCCAUCCUAGUCAGCAGCCCACACACACCCAGCAGCCAGUUCCUCUCUCAGAGCCAGCCAUCUGACUCUUCACCUUGGUCCACUGGGAAGCGUAGUAAAAAGGGGGAGAAGAAUGGAAAGGGGCUCAGACACUUCUCUAUGAAGGUUUGUGAGAAGGUCCAGAAAAAGGGUGUCACCACCUACAAUGAGGUUGCAGAUGAGCUGGUGGCAGAAUUCAGCGCGUCUGACAAUCAUAUCUCUCCCAGUGAUUCGCAUGUGUAUGACCAGAAGAAUAUUCGACGCCGUGUUUAUGAUGCACUCAAUGUGCUAAUGGCAAUGAACAUCAUCUCUAAGGAAAAGAAGGAGAUAAAGUGGAUUGGGUUGCCAACCAAUUCUGCUCAGGAAUGCCAGAACUUGGAGGUUGAAAGGCAAAGAAGGCUUGAAAGAAUCAAGCAAAAACAAUCCCAGCUACAAGAACUUAUUUUGCAGCAAAUUGCCUUUAAGAAGUUGGUACAGCGGAACCGCCAGGUGGAGCAACAGACGAAGAGACCACCCCCCCCAAACUCAGUCAUUCACCUUCCCUUCAUUAUUGUCAACACCAGCAAGAAAACUGUCAUUGAUUGCAGCAUCUCCAACGACAAGUUUGAAUAUCUUUUCAACUUCGACAAUAUGUUUGAAAUUCACGAUGACAUUGAGGUGCUGAAGAGAAUGGGCAUGGCAUGUGGCCUUGAGGUGGGAAAGUGUUCCCCAGAGGAUCUGAAGAUAGCCCGCAGUCUGGUGCCCAAAGCCCUUGAACCCUAUGUCACAGAAAUGGCACAAGGGUCAAUAAGUAAUGUCUACAUCUCAGGAGUGUCAUCUAAUGGAGGGCGAUACCACACUGGCAGUGAGAGUGUUGAUGGCACCAUGGCCUCUAGCUCUAAUGGCUCCCACUACAGCGGCUCUCGUGUGGAGACUCCUGUAUCCUAUAUGGAUGAGGAUGACGACGAUGAUGACUACGAUGAGAAUGAUGAUGAUGAUUAAUUUCCCACCAUUCAGUUUUUCAUUCCUUUAGCAUUCUUCAGGAAAUGUCCCUCAUAAGCCCUUUCUCUGUACCCCAGCCUUCUGUGUCUCUACCUUUUUUGUUUUGAGGUAGGGAAUGCGGAGGUUCUGAAGUUGUUUCCCAAGACCAUUCAAUUUGGCCUGUUUUUGCAUAUUUCUUGAAGAUUUCAGACUUGUGAACUUCUGCGACACGCCCUGACCUGGAGGUUGUAGAGGUUAUGUUUCUUCCAGCCUUUCCAGUAGUUCGUUUGCAGAAACACCCCCCCUUCCCACAAUGGCACAGAAUUGAGCUGUGAUUGACUUGACUGACUGUGGGGGAUAAUUGAAGAUGUCGUCUGAUUCCCAAAGACUGGAUUAUAAUACCCUUUGAAUGGAUGAGAUAGCUGAAGAAGGCUUAUGGCACUGUGUGGAUAUAAGUUUUUGUAUGAUUUGUAGUGUUUUUUCUUUUCUUUUUUUUCCCUCCCAUUUAUCUUGUUUUGCUUGGCUUCCUGCUGGUUCGUGGGCAGCUAUAUUUGCAACUCUGAAUGUUUGGAACGAGUUGCUGUCAAGGAGUCUGGGUUCCCUCAACCUGAAGCCUCCCAUUUCUGUUUACAUUUCCUGCCGAUUAGGGGCAUUGAGGAGAAACUCAACCAACACAGUAUCAUUUAUUGUUUUGAUUGUGAGAUAGAUAAAAAUCCUAGUUUUCAUCUACAGGUCAGCCUAGAGUGGAGCAAAAGCCAAAUUUAAAGGUGGUCUUGUCUAGAUUUGGGCCACAAGUGUACUGUUUUUCCUAGAUGCCUCAUCUCUCAUUUCUGUAACCUAAUUUAAGUUUUAAAAUUAAAUAUAGAAUUUUUUUAACAAGGGGUUUUUGUUACUCAAAUUUUUUUCUUUAAGAAAUGUAAAAAAUUUUAUAAAGCAGUUGCUAGACAAUUUUGUUUAUUUACACAUUAAGCUAUGUGAAUCAGAAACCGCUGUGCUUGGACUGUCCUAUUGCAACUCAUAGAAAUGUGGCAUUUUGUCAUUAUAACCCUGUAAUAAGCAUUUUGCCACAAGCACCUGAUUCAAAUUGCAGAGGUCUAGAGACCAUGCUCAUCAACUUAAUUCACCCUGAAUGCCUUUGUAUGGCAUGAAUGCAUGUGAAUUAGUCUCAUUUGGUAGAGUAUUGGGGGGGGAAAAUGUACAAAGUGAAAAAUGAAUUCAGGUACCAGCAAGCAUGAAGAAAUUAUUUUUCUGCUUGCUGACACAAGUACACUUGCAAGAAAUGAAUUACUGUAGUCAUGACAUUGAUACUGACUAUAUAUGUUUUGUCAUUAAAUUUUGUUUAGGACUGUCCAAAUUCUGAAAUCUUCUAAUUUCAGUUAAUCCUGAGUUUGCUUUGAACUGUAUGAAGUCAGUUCCUGGGUACUAAUCUCUUUGCCUAUAGACCAUUGCAAUGGAGGAGAAUAUAUGCAUUUUCAAUGUAAAAUUAUGCCAUAGAAGUGUUUAACCUUUUAUGUGCUUGUUGGGUUGCUUAAAGCCUUUUCCUUUUUCCUUGGGUUCAGUCAGAACAAGUUGUCAAAGUGGUGCUUCACAACCUGGAAUUGUUAGUUUUCAAACCUUUUGCUGCAGUUUGAAUAUAAAUAUUUUUAGUAUGUAGCUGAGGGAGCCUCUUUUCUCUAUCGUACUAGUGAGUACCAUGCUAGUCGGUAGCUCUUUACUAACUACACUGUUUGUUGCAAUAGGGACAAUGUCCCACCUGCUGAAACUUCCACUGAUGGUUUUCUUAAAUAAAAAGCACAGGAAUUUUUACAAAUCUCCCUUUGCCUUCUCUUGGCUUGCUGCAUGCUCUUCAGUUUUAUUCCCCACUUAUUUGAUAGCAUCCUUUUGCUGGGUUUAUUGCAGAGCUGUGUGUAACAUUUCUAUAGAGGUUAAGGAACAGUUGACUUUGUUAAUUAAAUACAUAAUCCUAAUUAUGACAGAGCGUAGAAUGCCCCAGCUACAC